AUGUGCUAUGUGGGAAAAGCAACAAAGAUCUUCAUUUUCGUAGUCACAGUGCUUGUGGUUCUUGGGCUCGUUCUGGGAUUUGGGGUUUUGCGGCAUGGCCUCCAGAAAACCCACAAAUGCUCCGCCGAUUCAGACUCUUGCCACUCUCUCUCUUCUCCCCCUCCCAUCUUCCCCAAUCCCAAUUCCAGUUCGAACCAGCCCAACCCACCAUCCACAGAUCCCACCUUGACCCAGCCCAGCCCACCUACCCCCAAUUUUAACCCACCUCCACCCAACCCGGAUUCAAACCAGCCUCCGCCGACCUCAAUUUCAAGCCCACCUCCUCCACCGACCUCAAUUCAAACCCCACCUCCUCCGGCGACCCCAAUUCAAACUCCACCUCCUCCGGCGACCCCAAUUCAAACCCCACCUCCGCCAGACCCAACUCUCAAUCCGCCGUCUUCUCCGCCUCCGCCUGCUUCAACGGCUGCGCCGCCGUUCAAUCCACCAAGGCAGGCUCAGGUGACGCCAGGCCCUGCCCAUGCGUAG